CUUGUCAGUGGUUAAUAGAUAACUCUAAUUCAAAUAUUACUUAUGGAAAUGGUUAACUCUAUACAUGGUACUUUUAAUAUUCAGCAAUAUAUAAUGAUAAAAAAGAAAGAAACUAAAGAUUCAACUGCUUCUCCUCCUUCAACUAAAGAAGUCUUAGGAGUACAUUUACACCAUAAAGUCUCUCAAGCAGUAGAGGAAUACUUCAGAAAUAGCAAGGUGAGCAAAUAUUAUACACUGUUACUCUUACUCUCUUUAAUAAUUUGUAUAUGCCCUGGUAAGAAAAAUAAAAAUCUUCAAAAAGUUCAUAAAUUUAUUUGGGGUAAUUUUUGUAAACUUAAUUUCUGUUUUAGUUUAGUAAAUUAAUUCAUCGCAUAAUGAAAUAUUAACCAUCCAUAUAAAAAAAAAAAUCCUGUUCAAGUUGGUGUAGCAUAUAUAUUAGGGAUGAAUUUCUUUCUUCACACAGAAUUUGAUGACUGAUGGUUGCAGUCCCGCUGAUAAAGUAACUGGUAUGUUGCUGGAAAGAUCUGAUAAUGAUAUACUGAAGAUGUUACAGGAUAGCAGAUUUUUGAUGGACAACAUUGAAAUGGCCUUGACCUUCCUGUACAAAGAAAGUCUUUUAUCAUCAGAUAGUUCAGAAUCAGGGUAUAUGAUCAUUCAUAGUUUCUUUAAAACAUAUUUGUCUAUUCUUGAUAUUUAAAUAUUAGCUAAGACUUUAUAAAUAGCUACAAACAAAUAAACAAACGGAUUCAAAAUAAGGGUAUAGACAGAAUGGUUUUUGUUCAGCUUUAUGGAACAUUCUGUUCAUUUAUUUAAAUGUUAUAGCUAAUUGAUGGCUACAAAAUACGUUCAGCAAUCUCACACUUCCAAGAUAAUUAUUUAUUAUUAUAUGUUUACCUCACCCCCUCACCCAAAAAUAAAUAAUAAUAGUAAUAAUUUUGAAUGGGGAAAAUCCAGUUUGCCAACAAAUAAAUAGUGGGUGAUUAAAUUUUAAGAUAAAAGCAUUUGAAUCUCAGGUUUUAAAAAAGUAGAAAUUGUGGUAUUUUUUGCAGUGAACAUAAUUUAUUACUUUCCAUAUAUUUAAUAAAAUGUUUUUAAUAAUAGUAAUAAUAAUAAAGUUCAUUUCAAAAACACGCUUCAUCCCCAAAGGCUCGAAGCGCGGUACAAAGUCAACAAAAAACAAAUCUAUAGUUUACCACAUUUAAAACAAACGCAACACGACAAAAACUAAGUACAAGCAUACAAUGGCAAAGUCUUUCUAGCCAUUUCAACCAUAAGCAACACAGCCAUUAUGCAUUAACUGGAAAAUAAUGUUGACAAUCAUCCCAGAAGGUGUUUGCGAAAUAGAUGUGUCUUUAAAUCGGUUUUAAAGGACUCCAGUGUCUGGUUGUUUCUGAGAUCGACAGGAAGGGCAUUCCAAAUUGUUGGACCAGCAAAUGCGAAAGUGCGCUUUCCGUAAGUCUCAAGGCAAACACGUGGUGUCGAGAGUUUGCCACUAUCGGAUGAGCGGAGCUCUCUAGUGGGUACAUAAGGCGUCAGCAGCUCUUUCAGAUAGGACGGCGCCAGGUCAUGUAAGCAGCGGUAGCACAAAGUUGCGAUUUUGUACUCCAUGCGAGCACGCACUGGCAGCCAGUGCAGCUCUCUCAGAAGUGUUUUUGCAUGGUCAAACUUGCGUUUGCGGAGAACAAUGCGAGCCGCAUUAUUCUGUGCUAUUUGAAUUUUAUCCAGGAGCGUAGCUGGAAGACCCACCAUAAGAGCAUUGCAAUAGUCCAUGCGUGAUAGCACAAAUGCAGACAUCAGCCUCUUUGUUGCAUCAAUUGUUAGGAAGGGCCUGAUGUGACUAAUCCUGCGCAGCUCUAGAAAAAUCGCCUUGCAUAGCAUGUUAAUAUGACUUUCAAAAGUUAGUCUUCCAUCUAGGUAGACACCCAGGUACCGCACUGUUUGAGCUAACUCAAUACGCACACCUGAGAGAGUAAUGGAUGUAGUGUUAUUUGCAGAUUUUUGCUUCUGAGCGGUCGCGAUGGGGAGCAGCUCAGUCUUAUCAUCAUUUAAUUUGAGCUUGUUUAUCGUCAUCCAGUGCUUAACCGACUCCAUUUUGUCUUGCAGAGGUAAAUUGUCAUAUGAAGAGAUUGGUGAGAUUUUGUUUGUAAAGGUUCAAAAGCUUGAAAAAGAUUUGGCCCCUCAGAUAACUGGUAAAUAAUUUUGCCUUGAAAUUUUAAAACAUUUACAACCAUUAUUUUAAAACAAGAUUUUGAUGUUAAAGAUAUCCCUUCAAAUUUGUGAGUGAUACACUGUGCUACAUAUGUUUCUUAAAACAGCAAGAUUUAUUUUUGGGGAAAGUGAGUGGAGUGUGGGGAGAGAAACAAGAUUUCACGGGGUUGUUGUUUUUUUUUACACUUAAGUUUACACAUUCUAAAAAUUAUUCAUUUAAAAGAUUAUUUUAAAUACCCACACUGUUUUGUUUUUAUAAUUUUUAAAUUCAUUUUUUUUGCCAUGCAAACUUAAAUGCAAGGAACCAUAAAGCUCUUUAUUCUGAAUAUUCUUGCCAGUCAAAUGCAACAAAAAUACUACAUGUUUAUUUGAAAGUUUUUAAAAACGUUUCCAUAAAAAUAUUGCAUAGUUUAAUAAUUAUUGUAUUUAUUUAGUUGCUUUAUUGAAUUUGGUUUGCUUUACAGUUGAGAUGGGUCAGCGUCACAGAAUAGUUUUAUCUUAUCAAUUUGUGCUUCAAAGCUAACAUUUCAUUAAAAAAAAUUUUUUUUUAAAAUAUCACUUAAUAAAUAUCUCAUUUUUAAUGUCAGGAAUGCUUUUAGAGCUAGACAUCAGAACUCUGCUGCAGCUACUUAGCGCAGACAGCCUACUGUUUAGUGCUGUUAACAAAGCAAAGACAACACUGGCAUCCACUCAGCCAACAACCUAUUCAGGAUCACUUGGUUUCCUUAUGAAGAUGCCUUUUUUUUCAUUACUGCCUUUAAACAAUUAUGUGUGGACAAGGAGGGAUAACAUCAUGAGCCAAAAUGAAAUUGAACGAGAACGGAUCGGCAUUCAUGUAUUCAGUGAGGUUCUCAAACUAUAUCAGGACACAGACUGCGCCUCAAAAAUUACAGGUUUGUAAAGAAUGCAAUUCCUUUCCUCAUAGCUUGUGUUACAGAAACUUCUACACUAUAUUAUAUGAACAAGAAUUUUUAAAUAUUAUUUUUGAAAAUUGGGGGAAAAAAAAAUGCCUCCUAGCCAAUCUGCCAAUCUCACUCUGAAAUGUUAAUUUUUAAACUUAUUUUAUUUGUUUCUCUCUAGGCAUGAUCCUUGAAAUGGACCAAUCUGCUCUUCAAGAAAUACUUACAAACAGUCAGAGUAUGGAGGCUGCCAUCUUGAAAGCCUAUUCUACUCUGAAAGUAGUGAAAGCCUCCUCCUCAUAAUCAAUAAGGAAAACAGUAUUGUAGCUCAUGGUGUGUUAUUAUUGUUUUUCCACACUCAAUGUUUCUGUUUAAAUAUUCACAAGUUGUAUUGAUUUUUAUAGAGUAACCUUGUGAAAUCCAGGGUGUUUUUAAUGUUAUAUAUGAAAAUUUAUUUUUCACAUCAUUUUUUUUUAAAAUUGAGUUUCAAAUAUAAUAUUUCUUUAAUGCAGCGGUUCUCAACCUGGGGGUCGCGAUCGCUUUGGGGGUCGCACAAUCCUUACACAAUUGUCGCCUAAGACCUUCAGAAAACACAUAUUUAUGAAGUAGCGACGAAAAUAAUUUUAUGGUUGGGGCUCACCAGCAACAUGAGGAGCUGUAUUAAAGGAUCGCAGCAUUAGGAAGGUUGAGAACCACUGCUUUGAUGCAAUAUUUUUUAUGACAUGAAAUAUGACUAUUUGUUAAUAAAUCAUUCCACUAGUUUGUAGCUUUAAUUUCUUAAGAACCACAUUAUUCAAUUUCAAUGUAAUGUAUUUGAAAUUAUUUAUGCCGUACAUUUUAAUAAUAUAAUAACAAGAAGAAAUUAAGUUCUGAUGAGUUUUUCAAAUUACAAGGGCAAAAUAGUUCAAUGUUAUCUAAAGAAACUUUAUAAAACGAACAAUUUUUAUUUAGGCUUAAAGACUGCAAAGUUGUUUAGAAUCAAUAGAAAGGUAUAAUAGGAAGUUGCUUGCCAUUUGAGAUACCAAGUUUCAUGCAGCCACGAGUUAGCUUUACUUGUUUCGUUUUAAUUUUGAAAGAUUUACAUGAAAAUAACUGUUUUGACACACGUGAGUUUGUAUGCAAUGUGUAUUUGCAUUUCAUGCUGACUACGGUACCAACAGCUGUAUCUUAUGAAUGUGUGUUCUAUUUGAAUGAACACAACUGCCGUUAGCGAUAUUUGUUCUUAAGGGAAUAAUAUGCAAAAUGGCGUAUAGUUUUAUAGAGAUGUGGGUUAGGGAAUGGCACGCAAGGUGGACACAAUACAGCUCGGGUCGAAUCUGGGUAAAAAAAGCUCACAAUGUUGACACUUUUCUUCAAAUAUUUGUUUUUUUUCACCCAAUGUUUUUUAUUAUGUUAUCAAUUUUAUUGGUUAUUGCUUUGAUUUUUUGACCAAGUUGUGAUUUGGGUUGCGUUUCAUGAGAAUAGUUACUCCUGUUCAUUGUGGUACUUUCUAAUACCUAAAUAAUAUUUGCGUGACGGUACACACAUUCUUACAUUUUGACUUCGUGCAAAGAUGUUUACUUUAUAGAGAGUGUGUUUAUUUUAAAAGUCUUUUCUUUUUUAUUGGCGCAAUCUUUGAAGAGGAGAGAAGUUGUAAUUGAAUACCACUUAUUUCUGCAGCUUUGAUAAAGCGCUUAUGGUGAAGUCGGUUUUUAUUUUUGCUUUGUUUAAAAGUAUGUUUUUGGUGAUUGUAAUAGUUUUUAAACUUUGGUCACAUUCAACAUUUUUUGCAGGGAUGUUUGUGAUGGAGCAUCCUGGGAUUGGGUUAGUUUUUUAAAAUAUAUUUUUAUUUAUUUUAUUUUCUUGUGCAAUAAAUUAUUAACGUUAUGUCCAAUUGUAAUCUGAUUUUUUAUUUAUGUUUGAAUUUAUAUAUUUAGAAGAGUGUUGUAGGUUUUUUUAAUCGAUGAAGUU